CAUCUCAUUUUAAAUUUGGCCAAACUCUUGAGCAAUUAAAAAGUACCCCGGACUCCCAGGACAAAAGGCAAAAUAAUGAAGGCAGGUAAUUUUAACUGUCGCUAACACUUCUUAAUGCACCAGCCCCCCAGGAGGCUGGAAGCAAAGUCGCCCUUGAUCUUGCGGCGAUUGGUCGAACUAAUCCUUCUAAACACUGUCAUCAGUUAAUCAUGUGACGGAUUAGAAGAGUGCUGCUGGGCAGCGUUGAACUGCUGGCUCCAGGUUGGCGGUUGUCUGUCUGUCUGUCGGAGUCUCGGAUGGUGCUGCCCGCCCUCGUAUAUUUUGUUGGAGUUUGAACUCGAUGUAGCCUCCAGCGUGUGGGAGAGGAAGAGGGAACGAGAAAAAGCCCAAGCGCCCCCAUUACUCAGCAGUCUGCUUCUCCUCCGACGGAUCAGCCCGAGAAUGUGGAAAAUUAAGCACAGAGGACUGAAGGACUUCGACUCUGACGACGACAAACCACAGGAGGUGUCGAAGAGCAAGGAUCCAUUGCUUCCAGAAGAGGCUACGAGUUCUGUCUCGCAGCUCGCUACAAAGGUUCAAGGAGCAAGUCUAAAAAGUUGGAAGGAAGUAGCCUCACUUUUCAAUAAAGAUGAUGAACACAAACUGCUGACUGACAAUGAACCUAAAUGGACGACUGUGAAACUAAAAGAAGAUGUAAAAAUGGAAAAGAAAUCUAGCUUCUGGGACACCUUGGGAAUUAAACAGAAUUCAUCCAGCAAGAUUCCCACAGAAGGAGGAGGCUGGGAACCACAAGUUGCAAUGGAGAAUCCUUGUAGCAAUUUGACUGAUUCCAGUGCCUGGUCUGACUGGGCAAGUGAGAGUAGCAGCAGUUCGAAAUAUACCAACCUGGAUAGUGAAACAAAUAUGAGUGGUUCCAGGUGGGGAAUUAUGACAGCAGGGAAACUGCCUGGAAUCCGAAGACGCAGCAAAGGAAAUCUGACUGACUGCUGGGAAGAGCUAGAGUGAUACUUAGUUAUCUGCUUUAAUGAUGGUCCAAAAAUUGGUUGCACAGUUCCUCACCAUUUACAGUUCUUCUGUCAGGUUUUCUGUGGAUUCUUUGAUUAAUCCUUUUGCCUGUGUAAUUUUAUGCAUGUGAAGUUAGUGCCUGUUGAGCACUAUGUUUAAUUAAAUCAAAAUCGCCAACCUCCUUUCUGUUGUGCCAAUUCUCCAAUAAAUGUAAUUAUACCUUUUUUCCAUUCGGGUGAGCUCAAUGUAAAUUGCUCCAUCAAUAUUCCUUACUUGUGACUGCUUGACAUCAGCUUUACUGAGUGCCUAAAUAUAACUAUUUAUUAAUACCUCAUACUUUUGAACAUUGGGUAAAUCUGUUUAUGAUCACUAGCAUAAAUGCAUGCUUAUUUUGGCUGCCAAAUGUACUCCACUGUACAUAUUGGGUUCCAAAGACUACAGUGGAACAGAAUAAGAGGUACAGUCAACAGCUAGUAGACUUGCUUUGCAUGCCUUUAGUGUUAGUGACCAUAGACUAGUUUCUUCACCCUCAGGUUCCCACUGCCUUUCCUUGACUUAAUAAAGGUGGAUGGUUGGAUUACAUGUGUUACAAGUGCUGUUAUAGUUGUAUAAUUGAAUUGAAGGAAAAGGAACACUCUUUGCUUCUCCUUCAUGUAUGCCCAAUGAUGCUUUGGCAGUCUGGUGCGAAAAGGGUUUUGGUAAACUGAAUUUGAACAUUUUUUGAAGUUGGCAUUUGUUUGGAAUCCAGCAUCUUACCAUCACUGGAUAAAAGUUGUGCCAAGUUGUUCUGGACUAAAUGUCUCUUAUUUUUAUUUGAUUUCACGAAAAGCCAAAAAUUUCAGGCAAAAUUACACUGCUUGAAGUACCUCUCAUUGAUCCAACAGCUUUGUUUUCAUUCAGCCUUAGGUCAUUAAUUGAGUGAUUGGUAUCAUUGCUUGUCUCCUGACAUAGUACCCAUUAUAAAACUGCUUAAUGUAAACCUUAUCAUUGACGAUGAGCUUUUUAAUUUUGGGGAUCAAUGCAAGACUAUUCAAGAAAUUUCUCAAGAAUCUUCUCGGGCUUUACUCAUCUUACACAAAGUUUGCUUUGGCUGUUGUAUCCAAUUUCUUUGGUGUAGCAUCAAUAUUUUUUGCUGAGUAAAAUCAUAACAUGAAUAGUUAACAAAGUACACUUGGGAAAACAAUGGGCAUAAUAAAUUACUGAGCAGUUUUGAAGGAGAGAGCUAUGCAGUUGCAUUUGUCUUAAUUGGAGGAUCGAGUCUUGCCCAAGGCUUCAUUCAGUCUCAUUUGUAAACAAAAAAGUACGAACACCAUCAUCAAUUUCCACUCCUUCUUAACCUGUUGGAAACAUUGCCCAGUAAAAAGUUAAGACCUUGAACAGAGAAGAAAAAUUUGAGGGGGAGGGGGGAGAAAAGGAAUAAGCUAUCAAGCAGUAGGAUUACAUUGCAACAAACAAUCUACUGGAGGAACUCAGGGUGCUGAGCAGCAUUGGUGAGGGGAAAGGAAUUGCUUUGCCCCAAACAGAGGCUGCUUGACCUGCUGAGUUUGUGUGUUGCUCCAGAUUGCAGCAUCCGCAUUCUCUUGAGUCUCCAGUAAGAUUACAUUGGCUUUCGCACUAUUUUAUAAUACUCCACGAUAAAGGUUCCAAGAUGACUUAUUAAGCAAUCUUAAGCACUGCUGACACAUUACCAGUGGCCAGAUAGUGUUUCAGUUGGUUUGUCACCAAAUAUUUGAAAUUAAUUCCAUCCUUUAGUUUGAAUGAAUUUUCUCAUGAAGCACUUUCUAUGCACUUCAAAAUUUUAGCAAUGCUUUUAACAUUAAAGCUUGAAUUGUGGCCUGCACAGAUAGGAUCCUCAUUCAUUGAAGGCUUGGUCUUUUGUGAUGGAGCAAUUUAAAGGUUCUUUCUUGAUUUGUUGGAGGUAACAUUCUUCCAAUUAGAAUGAGUAACUAGUUACAAUGAUUCUGCUUUUAUUGAAUGCUUUUUGUUCCUUCCCAAUGUGGCCAAUUCAAUUAAGCAACAUGUACAGUUAAUACUUAAACUCUAACCCAAACCCAACUUCCACUAGUGAAGAGAAAUUAAAUGCCAGAGUUUUGUCAUUUAGCAAUAACAUGAUUGUCCAAUGAUACAGCAGUACAUAAUUACUUUUAUUAAAUUGCAUCUCAGGGUGAUUAGACAAUUGUUUUUAAAAAGCUUUGUGCUAGCAGGAUGGAUCAUCAUUGGUGUGUAGAAUUUGCUUUCUGCAAAACUAAUUUCAUUUUGUACCACAGGUUUACUUUUGUUGGCUACUGUCAUGUCAAAAAUGCUACCAAAGUAUGUAAUUAAUCUCAGCAGACUGAAAUUACUUAGUACAGAAGCUCUACUGUUCAUUUGUGAAUGAUCAACAAAUGUAGAUAAUACAACUAUGCAAAAGCUGUGGUAGCACUUCAUGUCAAUAGAACAAAAGUUUGGAAGAUUUUUCUUGAUAAAUGGUUUAGUUAACAUUUUUUAAUAUUGAUAUUGUAUAGUAUUUUUUAAACCAAUAAGAAUUUCCCAUUCACACAUUUUAGUACCAAAUUCUUACUUUGUACUCUGUGCACAGUAGUCAACCUCUUUCAAUGUGAUGUAACAGGACAUUUUCUAUUUGGAGAUGAAUUUAAAACUCUAUGGUUAGCACUUUUCUCUGGGUAAUUUGCCAGGCAGUACUGCUUCACACCAAUAAAGUAUUAAGACAAAA